CAAGGGAGAGAGAGAAGAAGAAGAGAGAGGGAGGGAGGGAAGAGAGCGAGCGAGCAAGAGAGCCAGGCAGCUUUUCAGUUGCUGCGGGCCAAGGAGGCAGGUUGGGCGCUGUGGAUACUCUUUAAACACACCUCCGCACCACCGGCACCCACCCCAUUUGCACACUUUCACACACGCGGACACACAUCAGGAGGGGCAGGUGAGGAAGACCCUGAGCACGGUCCUGAGGAGUGCCACCACCACCAUCCAUUUUACCGCGUCUGGGGCAGCAGCAGAUUGCCUUGCCCUGCAGUGUUCUGCCCAGCCCAACUAAACCGAGCCACUCUCCAUACCCCGACCCGCUACCCUACUCGGGGGGCAUCUUGGACACCCGGCAGAUGAGGGAACUGAGACCCAGAGAGGGAAUGAGGGGAGAAUCUUAUUUCAUUGGAAUGAGAAACCCUGGGCAAUAUGGUCACCUAUCGGAAGAUGGAGGACUUUUCUUACUAUACUGCAUAGAUAGAGACUGGGAUAUAACGAGAUGUUUCACAGAAGAAGCUUUCCAAGCAAUAACUGACUUCAACGACCUCCCAAAUGCUCUAUUUGCCUGCAAUGUUCACCAGUCAGUAUUUGAAGAAGAAGCCAGUAAGGAGAAAUUCGAGGGACUAUUCCGCACGUACGAUGACUGUGUGACGUUCCAGCUGUUUAAGAGUUUCAGACGCGUGAGAAUAAACUUUAGCAAUCCCAAGUCUGCAGCUCGGGCCAGGAUAGAGCUUCAUGAAACACAAUUCAGAGGGAAGAAGUUAAAACUCUACUUUGCACAGGUUCAGACCCCUGAGACAGAUGGAGACAAGCUUCACUUGGCACCCCCCCAGCCUGCAAAACAGUUUCUCAUCUCACCUCCAGCAUCACCCCCUGUGGGCUGGCAGCCUAUUACUGAUGCUACACCAGUCAUCAACUAUGACCUUCUCUAUGCUGUUGCAAAGCUUGGACCAGGGGAGAAGUAUGAACUUCAUGCAGGAACAGAGUCCACCCCAAGUGUUGUGGUUCAUGUAUGUGACAGCGACAUCGAGGAAGAAGAGGAUCCAAAGAAUUCUCCAAAGCCAAAAAUCAUUCAAACCCGGCGUCCUGGCCUGCCGCCUCCCCCAGUGUCUAACUGAGCUUCCCUCUACGCCUCAGACAUUAUGAUCACUUGUUCUCUUUCACACACUUUCCUUUCUUGUUGGCUUAUUUUUAUUAGGUCAGUUAUAUUUAAAGGAAUUGGUUGCCUUCAAAUCCCUGGACAUUUAGUUCACUGGGACCCCAACCCACCCCUUCCUUAUAUUAAAGCCUCUCAACAUAAGGGCUAGGAAAAGGGGAUCUGUUUCCUGAAUCCCAUCAUUCACCACUAACCCUAAUGCAUCUUUUAGGAGGGCCUAAAAUAAAUAGCAUUUUGUUAUUAAGCCACCAUCACAUCUCAGAGCUAAGUUCUCAAAAGCCAACCUAAACCAGAGAUGUCAAUAAUGAAUGUCACCCUUUGCGGGGAAAGGGUCCUUUGGCUUUCUCAAUCCCCAUCCUGAGGUGUAUGCAUUUUUUCCUGGCCACAAUAAUAGGACCAUAUGUAAACUUGAAUUUUGAUUGCAUGAGAUUCCAUUCAUUGUCUCUCACCCAGUCUCUGCAUCCAACAUCCACAUAAUAUGCAUGGUCACCAGCACUUGUUUCCAUCAUUUGAGGUAAUGGUGUAACCCAUGAAUUCCCCUUAUCUAGCAGAGGACUUUCUAGAGGGGAUCUUUGGUAGGAUUGUCUACCUGGAGAGGUCUUAUUUUGUUUUCUGAUGUGCUCACUGUUUGGAAUAAAACAUUUCUUUAACACGGUUAACAUUUCCGGAGGGGAAACCAAAGUCCAGUACCCAAAGAUGUUUCUUGAUGUAUUUCGGAUAUUACUUCCUCACAGUAGCUACCACAUCCCAGCUAGGAGACAUGUCCAGGGUGAUAAAGACUGACUUUAGCAGAAACUAUGUGUUAUUAUGGCUUUCCAGUGUCAGAACUCUUUGCUGUUGGUUUUUUCCCCCUUUUCCUUUCUUUUUGUGUAUAUUUGUACAAAUGUUUCAGCUGUGCUUUUGAAAUCAGGAACUUUUUUUUUUUUAAUUUGGUGAUUGUUCAGCCAUCACCUGCCUGGAAACAUAACUCCUGCAUUGCUGUUAACGCAUUCAUAAAAUAUUACAGCUGUUAUGGUAAUAUUACAGUAUCUUAUGGGUAAUAGUAUGUAUUGAAGGGGCACAAAGAUUACUGCAAUGGCAUGUAGGUAAAGAGCAAGCAUCUUUGUUCUUGAAACCCAUUUUUUCAAAGUUAUCAAAUGUGAACAUCCCUCGAAAGUGGUUUAAGGAAUGGGAUAUCUCCAGGGAGAAGCAGCAACUGAGCAAACUAAAGUAAGAAAGAGAAAAGAGGAAUGGGUAAUUAUCCUACUCCUUCAAUUCCCACACGCUGUACAUAGAAGACAUUUGUUUUAGGUUUGUGAUUUUCUAUUUCUCUAUCCCAAAGUGCAUUACAAAAUAUACACCUAUAGAACCAUCACCUUCUCUGCUGUAUGUUCCGGGCCUCGGUCAUCUACUACUGUCCAUUAAUGAGUUAGUUUAGAUGUGUGAUGCCAGUUAUGAUGGAGUGGGAAAAAUCUUUUCAUUGCCCAAACCACAGAACAAAACAAAACAAUACAGCCGACUGACUGAAGGAAUUUCAUGGUUUUUGACUAGGGUGUAUAGUUCAGUUUCAUCAGAGACUGAAGUCACAUAGAAUGUUCAUUCAGAAAUCAGAAGUCCUUUUUACUGUGAACAUAGCAAUACAGUACUGUAUCGCAGAGGGGGAACUGGGGUGGGGGGGUGGGAGUUGGGAGGGAGCUUGUUAGGGCUUGUCCAGCUCUAACAAACUGGAGAAGGGGCUUAUAAAAUACUGAGAUUCCAAAAGAAAAAAAAAAGAUGGCUCCUGUAAGGAAAGAAACAAGAGAGAGAGAGAAAGAGAAGUAUAUGAGUUCUGGCUUUCACUUGCUGCAGAGGUUGCUUUUAUUAAGAGAUUGAAGAAAUUCAACAGUAAAGGAAUAUUGCCCUCUACUGGCACUCUUGUCUGUCCCUUUCCAUUAAAGUAAUAAUACUGGCCCUGUCCAACCAUUCAAGCCAUCAGUGGACAAGUCCCUCAGUUGGAUACAAAGGCUACUUGCCAAUCAAUCAAAGAGCAUUUUUUAAAAAGCACCUACUAUGUGUCAUUCACUGGACUAGGUGCUGGGAAAACAAAGACAAACUGGAAAUUACUCCUGCCCUCAAAUCUUCAUUCUGUUCUUUCUUAUUACCCCCAAUACUGACUGCAACAAAAUUUGUACAAGAGAAUGUAAAGCUCCUGUUUUCCAGUUAUCUCACUAGCCCUGAGAGAAAAUUUAUCACAUUCCUGAGCAAGUACAAUAAAAUGCAACACCCUCACAGAAUUCAAGCUCAACAGAGCAGGUCUGAUCUCAUCAGGUAUUUCAAAGACGAUAACAGUGUCCUGCCAAGUGCCAGUGAUAAUUUAUCCCCCCAAAUUGUUUGAGUACAUCUUUCACUGGGCAAGGUUUGCAGUGAAAAGGCAAGCUUGAUUAUCUAGAUGAAUAAGAAACUCAGAAAGACUCAAUGGUACCUCCUCGCACUGUGAAAGUCAGAAUUGCCUCAGCAUUUCCAUGGACAUGCAUUAUGCAAACCUCUUUAGCACUAUUUUCAGUUUGAAGAGUGUAAAAAAAAAGUGAGAGGUUCCCACCGACUGAAUCAUUUGUGCACGUGUAUAACUCAGAAAGCUUAGACUUCAAAUAAAUCUGGUGAAUGAU